AUGAUAGAUGUAUUAAGCGAAAAGCAGAUUGUUGAGUUCCAGGAAGCGUUUUGUCUUUUUGACAAGGAUGGAGAUGGCUGCAUUACCUUUGAGGAACUAGCUACUGUAAUCAGAUCUCUUGACCAUGGCGCCACAGAAGAAGAGUUACAUAUUAUGAUCAGUGAAGUUGAUGUUGAUGGCAAUGGAACCAUAGAAUUUGGGGAGUUCUUGAAUCUAAUGGCAAGGAAAAUGAAGGAAAAUGAUGCAGAUGAGGAAUUGAAAGAAGCUUUCAAAGUGUUUGACAAGGAUCAAGAUGGUUACAUUUCACCUAAUGAGUUGAGACAUGUAAUGAUCAAUCUAGGAGAGCAACUGACAGAUGAAGAGUUAGAGCAGAUGAUUCGGGAGGCUGACUUGGAUGGAGAUGGUCUGGUUAAUUAUGAGGAAUUUGUGAGAAUGAUGCUGGCUGUUUGA